AUGUCAGGUCCGAGAUUGCUAUUUCUUCACGGCUUUCUACAAAAUGCCAAGCUAUUCAGCGAGAAGUCUUCCGGUAUUAGGAAGCUGCUUAAAAAAGCGAAUAUUGAAUGCAAUUACAUGGAUGGUCCAAUCGAGCUCCAAAAAAGUGAUUUGCCUUUUGAAAUUGAUGAUAGUAAGUGGCAGGAGAUAGAAUAUGCACAAAUCAAUAAGGCCUGGUGCUAUCACAGUAAUAUUUCUCGAGAGUUGAAUAUUAGCAAGGCCAUCGCAUCGAUUUCAAAAUACAUUCAAGAAAACGGGCCCUACGAUGGAAUUGUGGGCUUCUCGCAGGGGGCUGCCAUAGCUGCUAUUGUCACGAAUAGAAUUACAGAAUUGGUACCAAGCCAUCCGCCCUUCAAAGUCUUUCUAAGUGUAUCAGGGUAUUCCUAUACUGAACCAGACCCAGAAAACGAAUCGCAGUUAAGGAUCACUGAAAAGUACCAACAAGACUUCAAGCCCACCGAGGGCUCUAACACUAAGAUUAUAUUUAUCUGGGGGGCAAGCGACAACUCUGUGCCAUCUGUAAGAAGCAAAUAUGCUCGAGAUAUAUACUUACACGCCUAUGGCGAAGAACAAGUAAAGUCAUUCGAGCAUCAAGGCGGGCAUAUGGUACCUAACAAGAAAGACUUUAUUCGCCCUGUAGUAGAUGAGAUUACCAGUGCUUUAGGGUUAUGA